AUGUCAGUCAGCGCAAUCUCCGACGAGUUGAAGAAAUUGGGUUUGAGCCAACCCGACCCUGUGAAGGAGUCUUUACCAGAAUAUAACAUUGUUGAUGUGUUCAAGAAUUACAUCACCGAUGAGUUGCACCGAAUAACCGAGGCCGAUAAGUCUAUCAUCUUUGAUGCUUUGGACACUCCCAAGGUUUUGGACCAAGGUGAUAUCAUUGUUGCACUUCCCAGAUUGAGAAUUAAAGGAAUCAAACCAAAUGAAAAAUCCCAAGAAUGGGCAGAGCAAUUCAACAAGGGUAAAUUUAUCAGUGAGGCUAGACCACAGGGUGUGUUUAUCCAAUUUUUCUUUAACAGAUCUUUGGUUUACGAUUUAGUGAUCAAGGAUGUGCUCAAGAGAAAAACUGAAUAUGGUUAUCUUCCAUUGGGUGUCGGCAAAAAGGCCAUUGUCGAAUUCUCUUCACCUAAUAUUGCCAAGCCAUUCCAUGCUGGUCACUUGAGAUCUACUAUUAUCGGUGGUUUCAUCUCCAACUUGUAUGAGAAGUUGGGUUGGGAAGUAGUUAGAAUUAAUUAUUUGGGUGACUGGGGUAAACAAUUUGGAUUAUUGGCCGUUGGAUUUGAGAAGUAUGGUUCCGAAGAACAAUUGGCUAAGGAUCCUAUCAACCACUUGUUUGAGGUGUACGUCAAGGUCAACAAUGAUGUGCGCGAAGAGGCUAGCGAAGCAACUGGGGAACCAGCGGUUGCCGACGCUGCAGAUGCAGAUGAAAAGAAGGUCCAGGCUUCAUCAACCAAUGAAAAGGCUAGACAGUUCUUUAGAAGAAUGGAAGACGGCGAUGAAAGUGCAUUAAAGAUUUGGAGAAGAUUUAGAGACUUGUCGAUUGACAAGUAUAUCGAUACUUAUGCUCGUUUGAAUAUCAAGUACGAUUACUAUUCGGGAGAGUCACAAGUGCCACAAGAAAAGAUGAAGGAGGCUACCAAAUUAUUCGAAGACAAGGGGCUUGUCCAUGUUGAUAGAGGAGCCAAGUUGAUUGAUUUGACCAAAUUUAACAAGAAGUUGGGUAAGGCCUUGGUUGAGAAAUCUGAUGGUACAUCGCUUUACUUGACUCGUGAUGUUGGUGAAGCCAUUAAGCGUUACGAGACUUAUAAGUUUGACAAGAUGAUUUACGUUAUUGCAUCUCAGCAAGAUUUGCAUUGUCAGCAAUUCUUUGAGAUUUUGAAACAAAUGGGCUUUGAGUGGGCUAAGAACUUGGAACAUAUCAACUUUGGUAUGGUGCAGGGUAUGUCUACUAGAAAAGGUAAUGUUGUCUUUUUGGACAAUAUUCUUCAAGAAACAAAGGAAAAGAUGCACGAUGUGAUGAAAAAGAAUGCAGACAAGUAUGCGCAGAUUGAAGAGCCUGACAAGAUUGCUGAAUUGGUUGGUAUUUCAGCUGUGAUGAUUCAAGACUUCCAAUCGAAGCGUAUUCUCAACUACGAGUUUAAAUGGGACAGAAUGACCUCAUUCGAAGGUGACACUGGUCCAUACUUGCAAUAUGCACACUCACGUUUGUCCUCAAUGCAAAGAAAGUCGGAUAUUUCUGAAGAAGAGUUGGAGAAUGCCAAUUUCGAUUUAUUGACCGAGCCAUGUGCUGCCAACUUGGUUAGAACUUUGCUCCAAUACCCAGAUAUCAUUAGAAGAGCCUCCCACAAUAACGAGCCAUCAACAAUUGUCACAUACUUGUUUACCUUGUGCCACAUUGUUUCCCAAUGUUACGAUAUUCUCUGGGUUGCUGGACAAGAACGUGAAGUGGCAACUGCUAGAUUGGCAUUGUAUGCUGCUACCAAACAAGUCAUUUACAAUGGUAUGACUUUGUUAGGCUUGACCCCAGUUGAAAGAAUGUAG